AUGUUUGCGUUUAAAGCGAUCUUGGAUGCUAGUUCAAGUAGGAAAAGGGUUAAUACGCAAAGGAAAAAAAAGAAGGUUUUGCAAAUGGAAUCUGAAGGAAAUGUUAAUCGGAACUUAAACUUUGUUGAUAACCCAAUUGAAAUUGAAGAUGACGAAGAAUCGGAUGACGAUUAUUCAGUUGAUCAUUUACUUUUCCAGAAAAAGUUAAUCGAUGAAGAUAUGAAGAAGACAAUUGAGAUACAUUCAAGUGGUUCUGUGAAGAUUGAGAAAGAUGACGAAGAAAUUCCAGAUGACUUUUUUGUGUCAGAUAUAAAAAAUCCAAUUGAGAUACAUUCUAGUGGGUCUUCAAAGAUUAAGAAAGAUGAUGAAGAAAUUUCUGAUUCUGUUUUGUAUAAUAUACAUAGUCAGGGGGGAAAUUUUGAUGAAGGUGAAAAUGAUUUUUCAAGUGAUUCUGAUUAUGAAGAUGCGAGUAUUAAGGGUUUUAAGAAGUUCAUAGUCAAAUCUGAUAGAAAAGUUAUAAAAAAAAAGCUGAUCCAAAAAGACUGUGUAAGAAGAAUAGGAUUUGGGUCAUUGCUUGAUAUGAAGACUCAAAGUAUACCAACAAAAUUAUGUUACUUUGUUGUGGAUUCUUUUGAUCAUGAGGAGAUGGUGAUUAAGAGUAAUGUUGGAAAUAUUGUUGUAACAAGAGAAGAGGUGAAUAAGGUUCUAGGUUUGCCUUUGGGUGUUGAGCAGAUAAGUUGUCUAGGUGUUCGUGGCAAUGAGGAUUGGUUUGAAAUGUGGAAAGAUCAAUUUAAAAAACCAUUGUCAUUAGUAGUUCCUUCUGAUUUGGUGGUUAAGAUAGUAGAGAGAAGUGAAGCUGAUAUGGUUUUCAUUGCAAAUUUCAUAAUUCUGUUGCUUUAUGUUGACAGGAUUAAAUGUAAGGAAAUGUCAAUUGUGAGAAGAUAUCCUGUAAUUAAUUUCUGGACAUCAGAACAACUUAAAUUUAGAGAAAGCAAGGAAUUGGCCAAUGGAGGUUUCGGUAAUGGAGUUGAUGCUGAAAAGGGUGAUGAAGAACUUGAAAGUGGAUACAUAUUAGAUAUUCAGUCAGAUAUUCAGUGGGCUGUGUCUGACUUGUCCAAGAAAGUGGAAAUGGCAUUGCAAAAGCAUGCAAAUCAUCAAAUAUUUCAUUUUUAUAAGGGGAAAUUAGAACAACUUGUUUUUGAUAUUUCAAAAUUCCAACAGAGUGAUUUUAAGAAUCAUUCAAGGUCUGACUCAUUAUCAAGGAAAAUUACUUUUGAGGAUAAGUCUUUCACAAAUAAGGAAAUGGGGAAAGGGUUUUACAGAAAAAAUAAUGGGCGUUUGUAUGGUGAGAACGAUGAAAGAAACAACUUUAUGAAUGAAGAUGUACCAUCAUUUGAUUUAGGAAUAGAAUCUGAGAUGUGUACCCCAAAAAAGGAUUGUUUGAGUUCGGGUAUUGAAAUUCAAGAUAAAUCAAAGUCUUCAGUGGUAUUUGAAUCGCCAGUGAAUUUAGUCGGUAACAAAGUGGAUGUUCCAAGUUAUUUGAGUAAAAGAGUUGAAAGUGAACCGGAUAAAAAAUCAAGGCCAAAGAGAAACCAAAUGUUACCACCGGUGAGAAGGUCUCCUUUUGUUAUUCGUGCUGUUGAUAUUGAAUCAAAUUUAACGAGGGAGGAGAAUAUCAUAUCAAAUUGGGUAUUCAGUUUAUGCCAAGAUCCAAUGGACAACUUAUUUCAAAGCAUAUCAGGUCAACAUGGAGAAUGCCAUAUGUUUGAGAGUUUAUACCCGCAUGAACAUCUUUUUUCUGGUACAAUUGAUUGCUUUGUCGAUGUUUUAAACUAUGAUGAGAGAGUAAGAAAUAUGGACACUCCUUCAUGUUUCUUUUUCAAGACGUCUGUUUUGGAUCCUUCAUUUAUGCACAUAAAAGGAUCAAAAACUGAACAAGAUUACCAAAUAUUCAAAGAGAAUGUUGUUCACUGUUUGGGUGUAUCUCAAGAUAGAAGAAGGUUGAAAGGAAUUGAUAUGGUUUUUUUUCCUGCACGUUCAAACAAUCACUAUUUUGUGUUUGUUUAUGACUUUAAGAAUCGCAAAGCUGUGAUUUUGGACAACAUAUUGUACAGUUUUUCCAACGAAGCAUAUCCAGAUCUUAUGCUUAAUUUGAAAUAUAUGUUUGGAAGGUAUCUACAAGAAAUAAAUCAUAAUAUGGCGUUUGCGGUUCAAUAUGAGAUUGAUUUUGUAGAUCAAUAUAUGACUUGGAAAACAAGAGGUAACUCUAAUGAUUGCGGUAUUUUUUUAAUGAGGCAUAUGGAAACGUAUAAAGGAGGUCCGUUAGCACAAUGGUGUUGUGGUUUAAAAAGGGAAGGUGUUGAACAGUUACUUCAAAUAAGGAAUCUCCGAAGGAGGUAUUGUUUGAAAAUACUGUUGAGUGAGGUGAACAUAAUGAAGCCUAAAGUUGUUAAUCUAAUUAAUCAAUAUCAAAGGAUGCCUGCUAAUGAUAGGCGGAUUAUGUAUCAUGAGGCUAUUAUUAACAUAGGAUCUCGUCUCUCAGCAUUUGGUCCAUGA